CACCAGAUCAUUACCAUAAAAUGGGAUGUUGGAGUUAGUCCUUGGUUGUCUGGACAGCAACGAUGUGGCAUCUCUUCGUGGUUUACGUCAUUGUCGCGACUGCCGUGCCUCAUUUCUCCAAAGGAUGUGAAUAUGUAGUACUCACCGACCCAAAUGGCUACAUCAGCUCGCCCAAUUAUCCUUUCGAGUACGAAGAUUACGCAGAUUGCCGUUGGCUCAUCCAAGCGCCUGAAAACAACUACCGCAUUAUAGUUUAUUUUAUGGGCAAUUUCACCACUCGAACGGGAUUUGAUCGACUUACGUUUUAUGACGGUGCCACCACCACGUCGACCGUAAUGCUUGACUGGAGCGGGCACGAAUAUUUCUAUCCGUGGAUCACGUCUAAAACAAAUAGAAUGUUGAUACAGUUUACAUCUCUUAGAGGUCAAAGCGGAACAGGAUUCAAGUUGCGUUAUUAUACGGAAAAGAAGCAAGAGUGUGGCGGAUUUCUGUCCUUUCCAAGUGGCACGAUAUCCAGUCCCGGAUUUCCGGCAGACCCAAACUAUUACGAUAACAACGUCGACUGCGUGUGGGAUAUAGAAGCUCCAGUAAAUCAGACGAUUAUACUCCAGUUUAGCAGCUUCAGGACGGAGCCGGGCAGGGAUACUGUCACAGUGAUCGAUCCGGCUCUCUCUAAUCCUAUUGUGAUGAUUCACAGUGGAAUGAUUGUACCACCGGUAACCAUUUCACAAGGCAAUAAGUUGACGGUCCGUUUCCAGUCAGACGCUUACAUGCACGAUAUACCUGGAUUUAUCGCCCAAUAUUCAAUGGUUGAUCAGUUCCUAGAAAAUUAACUUUUGAAAUAAAAAGCAUUGCUGGUUCAAA